UAAUAUAGAUGCUUUUAGUUAUCAACAUAACCUUCGUGUAGGAAAUGAAUUUGAUGAUUGGCCAUCUGUUGAUAGUAUUACUCGUCGCAAGUCCUUUCGCUGUUCAUCAAGUGGUACUUAUGAACCUCGGAAAGCAAUUGAUCAAAAUUCACAUCGUAUACGGGGUACCACAAAAAUGAAUUGUGGAUGGUAUUGCACCUUUAUACUCUCAAAAACUGCGUAUCUUGUGAAAUGCAUAACAUUAAAAGAUAAACAUAAUCAUGAAGUGAAUUCCGCCCGAGUAUUUGAUAUUAUUGCUAG